AUGGGGUGCUGCAACUCGAAGGAGACCAAGCAGCCGAAGGCGGUGGAGGAGCGGCAGCCGAAGGCUCCGUCUGCGAAGGCGAUAAGUGAUACGGUGAGUGCGGAAGAGGAGCCCAAGAUUGAGUUUCGAGUAGCGAGUGCGGUGGAGGACCUGCGCACCGAGCGCAUUUCGGCGAUCUGCGCCCACAGCCGUGCCUGCCCCUUCCGCUAUAACGCCUGCGCUGUCGUGGGCGGAGAAGUGAAGUCGUACUUCAACGGUGGCAUCAUUUUCAGCGUCGUGAAGGAGGGCUCAUGGUACCUCUACAACGAUUCCCUCGACUACGAGGGACAUGUAGACUUACGCUGCGGCCCAGGCUCGAGUGUCACCGCUGGGCAGCGGACAAAGCUGGAAGAAGUAGAGGACGGCUGGGCGUGCGCACACGCCAUCGUGUACCCAUUGGAGACGCUGCAUUUGGUCUCCGGCACCAUCACGGGCUACAGACCACAUCACUAUCAAGCCCUAAAUGCUG